CGCAGACUCCAUUCUCAGAACCAGGAAACCUAGCCGAAUCAGCUAACUACCCGGCAACCACCUCUGUAAACUCUCGGGCUUCUACGCAAGAAGUCUCGAUCGAUACAUGGCGAAGGUUCACCCCAACAUGGUACCCGCGCCGGGCGCCGUCGUCGUCCAGGCGGCCAGCUCCAUCGCCGAGCGAGCGGAGGAGGCGCCGACGACGCUGACGGUGUGGCGCAAGUCGCUGCUGUUCGACUGCAAGGGGUUCACGGUGUUCGACGCCAAGGGCAACCUGGCCUACCGCGUCGACAGCUACGCGUCCGAGACCGGCGACGAGGUGGUCCUCAUGGACGCGGCCGGCCGCCCCGCCUUCACCGUCCGCCGCAAGCGGUUCAGCCUGCAUGGCGAGCAGUGGCUCGUGUUCGCCGGCGAGGAGACGCGGCGGCCAGUCUACGCUGUCCGGCGGAGCGGGCGGGGGAAGACGAUGGCGCACGUCACGGCGUGCGCCGGUGGUGGGGCCUCUCCCUCGUCGCCGUCGUACGAGGUGGAGGGGUCGUACGCGCGGCGGUGCUGCGUGGUGUACGACGCCGAGAGGCGCGCGGUGGCGGAGGUGAAGCCCAAGGAAGUGGUCGGCACGGACGUAUUCCGCCUGGUGGUGCAGCCCGGCGUCGGCGUGUCUCUCGCCAUGGCUGUCGUGGUGGCGCUGGAGCAGAUGUUCGCCAGGCCGUCCCUCCUCAGGAGCUGGUCCACAUGAAUUGUUUGUUGUAUUUCGAUCUAGUCAAGCUAGGUUUUUUUGCCCCUUACACUUGGGGUUGGGUUGGGGUUACGAACGAGUUGAAAAUCGGUGGAUGGAUCGAUGUGUGGGCAUGAGAGCAGGCUCUGCUCCGUGAUGCCCCCGCCAAUUCGCAUAUAUUUGUAUAUGGCCAAUUGAAGCUCUUUUUGGAUCCA